UCAUGCAAAAUUGGCCUAGAUUAUACUUUGUUUACCUGAAGCACGUGCGUGUUGAUUCUAAGGCCGACUGCUUCUGGACAACUAGCAGGGACUUUUAAAAGUAUACACGUGGAAGUACCAGGACGGGACAGAGUUCUAUAUCCAUUGAUUGUAUUUGUCACAAUGGUCCAGAGUGACUUUAGACAUAUUUACAUCUUAAUACACGUGCUAGUUUUCUUCGUCGCAAGAGGUGACUGUAACUGGUCUCUAUGGUGGACAUAUGACGGCAUAUCCGGACCUGGUUUCUGGGGAACAAUGAAUAAAUUAGAAUGGAGCAUUUGUCAUAGAGGAAAGAACCAGUCCCCGGUCAACAUAGUUCCGGAAGACCUGCUGUUUGACCCUGGACUAAAACAUAUACAGAUAUCGGGCAACAAGGGAUCGAGCCCGGGAAUUCUGGAUUACUUGUCUUACGCUAAACCGAUCAAGCUAAAGCGAGCGGUAUCUUACGGCUAG